UAACAAGUCAUUUGACAACGCUAGUUUGCGAUAUGAGAGAACUAUGGCUUCCUCCUUGAUUAAGUGGUUAAGAGGAUUAUAUGUUUUUUUCUUAACAUUUCUCCUGUCGGUCUUUGGUUUUUUGAAUUUAGAGGAAUUAAAUGAAAUGAAAUAUGGUAUACAAAUUCUUCCCGAUCCUGUUAUUAUGGGACAGAUGGAAGAUGUGAUGUUGGUCUCUAAUAAAUACAAGCAGCUGUAUGAGUGUCGUUUGCCAGCUCAGGCAGUGCGUUUCCAUCAGGACCCGGUGUCAGAACCUGAUGUUCAGGGCUACAGUGGCCCAGGAGUCCCUGAUCUCCUCAAGCCCAUGCAGACUGCACCAUGCCUGGUUAAGACCAAAGACUGGUGGACUUAUGAGUUCUGCUAUGGCCAGCACAUCAGGCAAUACCACUUAGAAGAUUCUGAGAUCAAGGGAGAUGUGCUCUUCUUGGGAUAUUAUGAUUCAGAGUUUGACUGGACCAAUGAAACCGCCAAGGCAUCUAAGCAGCAUAAGCUAAAGAGGUAUCAUAGUCAUUCAUAUGACAAUGGCUCUAAAUGUGACUUGAACGGGAAUCCUAGAGAGACAGAAGUCAGAUUUGUAUGUGAGGAGGGCUCUAGUGACUAUAUCGCAAGGGUAGAUGAACCUCAGUCUUGUCGCUACGUCUUAACAGUGCACACCUCUCGUACAUGCCAGCAUCCCCUCCUGCGCCCACCUUCCACUGCCAAGCCCCAAGGCAUUGUGUGCCAACCUGCUCUCAGCGCCCAGCAGUAUAUGGACUAUGUCAAGGCUCAAGUCUCUGACACUAAACGUAAAGUGGAGCAGAUAUCGGAGGAGCUCAAGAACCUGGAUGAAAUUCUGUCCAAGGAUGACAAGAACAAGGGAUUGCAGGACGACAAAACAAAUGAGAAACCUGCAGUCCAUUCAGAUGAGCCUCCACUUUCAGAGUCAGAAACAAAAGAAGGUGAAGUACCUGAAGGAGUGGGCUCAGUGAGUGAAGAGUCUGAGGACAAGGACUUCUGGGAUGGAGUUACCAAACCAGCAAACACAGAGUCAAGCACACCUGACUCAGAGAGCCCUCAGGAGCCUCAGGACAGCCAGUUACAUGAAAAUGACAUAUUUGCAGAGGAAAAAUUUAAUUUUAAAAUAAUCACAGACCCUGCAGACCUCAUGAAAUUUAUACAACAUCUCAGAGAGAGCAACCAAAAAAACAGAAAAGCCGAACUGGAAAAAGAGAGCCAGCACAAGAGAGAGGAGCAGGAGGAGAAGGAGAAAAGAGAGGAGAGGGCAGCAAUAAGGGAGGUGGAGGUAGAGGAAGGGGAUGAGGAUGAAAGAUUCCUGCAGGAGGAGGAGGAUGAGAUGGCAGAUCUGUCCGUUCCCUCCUCCAAGAUGGAAGAGAUAAAACAAGAGAUGCAGAAAGAGUUCGACAACAUCAUAGAGGAAGCUCAGCAGGAGUUAGAGAACGAAGGUCUUAAGGGCGAGUUUGAUCGCACUCAGGCUACGCAAACUCUAGAGAACACACUGGGGAAACUUUUGGACCGCCUUGAAGACAAGACCGGACAUCAGAGUGAACCAGAAACAGAAAAAAAUACAGACAUGCAUAAAAACACACACUCACAGCAUAAGACAGAGGGAGGCCCUUCUCCUGGCAGCCCAAACCUGGUUCCCAAAACACCUGCCCAAGCGGGCAGCAGUGGCGAGCGGGUAAAAGUCAGGGUGACUAAAUAUAAGGUGGGCGGAGGUGUGGCUGCAGGAGCGGUUACCGGGGGCAACGAUGAUGAUGAGGGGGGUGUGAAGGUGAAGGAACUGGGCGUGGGCGACCCCCAGUGGCAGCAGAUUCAGGAAGUGGUCAAAGAGCAGCUAGAGAGAGCCGGCAUCAAGGCCGAAGGAAAGAUUGAGGUGAAGAUUUUAACCCGUAAAACAGCAGAGGAAGCGGGAGAUCAGUGGCUCACUGAAGAGGAUACAAAAUCAUUUAGAGAGCUUCUCAUCAACCUUCUGACGGGAGGUACAGAAGAAGUGUAUAAAGAGCAGAAGAGACAGCAAGAGUUGGAGAAUAACUACAAAUUUGUCUGGGGAGAAAAACAGGAAGAAAGGCAGUCCACAGGAAAGAGUGAUUCUGAUGAAGCAGACUUUUGAGCUUUUCCUAAAGUACUGUUAACCUCAAGAAGGGCAGCCAGCAUUCUAUGAACUAUAAACUGACUGGUCAUCUCAUGCAUCGCAACCAAACUGCUCUCUCAGAUCGUUUAAGUCAUGUGAGCCCUGUGAGUGGUGCAGUCCACUGCCGUGAAUUCUGAUUAUUCUGAAUGAGCAUCUGUGAGGGGUUUAUAUCUUGCUUGUUUUCAGUCUUGGGAUUUUUUUUUUUCUUCAUAUACAAAUACACACAGUUCAGUUGUGUUGACAAUGUAAAUUGAAUGAAAGAUGAGCCAAUGUAAUGCACAUAGAAGCAGUGUCCUACCACCAUUAUCUUCUGGCUUAUAAAUUUCUUUUUUUUUUAUAUAUAUAUAUUGUUUUAUAUUGUUUGGCCACAGUUUCACAGCUGAGGGAAAUGUCUAAAGCUACUUUCUCUAACAAAUCCUAAAGCUGAUCCUCACCUAAGCAAAAAAAAAAAUGUGUCCACUGCUUCAGUUUUGUCUCAGUUUAUCUUUUUUUGACAUUUUUGUUUGUGCAGACCGCCCAGGUAUAAGAUGCAAAAUUAGUUUAAUAAUUGGAUGAAAACUGUUGCCAGACAUUUGGAAUCUACUGCAUUUAGCCAGUGCGUUCAUGUCAAGGGCUCUUUUUGUUGUAAAUGUUUUGAAUGAUCAUCAUACUUUAGUCAGUUGUAAAUGUUGCUGCAGCAUUCGAUUUGUGAUAAUUUAAGGCAUACUUUCAGUUUCUGUUUUCUAAUGUAAGCACACUUGCCCUUUUGUGAGGGAUUGAAUGGUUAAAGCAAUUUAUCAAAAAAAAAAAAAAAACAGAUACCAAUGAAGUAUGUCUUGAGAUGUCCUUGCACUAUCUCUGUGAGAGCCCCUGUAUUUGGAAAACCAUCAAAUAAAGAAGAAAAAGAUU